UAUUUUAAGUAUAAAUUUAGGAAUUCUGCGAGAUGCGACGCGGCAAGGUGUUUAUUUAGUAUUCAACCUGUAUGGCUACCCUGUAGAAUUGGAAUCGUACUAUCAUAAAUCUAUGGUCCGUCAUAUUCGGUAGUUCCACUCUUCAUAUCAAUAAAACAAUUUGGAAUUCUUUUUGAUUAUUAUUUUUUUGCAACGGCCAUGACUAUUUUGUAGUUGGUCGUUUUAAUGUAUUCUUCAUUUGUUAUGUAUUUGAAACGAGUUAAAUUCUAGGUUUAUUUGGAAUUUACUAUUAUUGCAGUUUUUUCAUAACGGUUAUUUGUUAAUUACCAAUUUUUCGACUCUAAGGUAUCACUUUAUACGAGUGUUUAUUUGAAAAAUCGUCAAUAUUGUUUAACAGCAAUUAUUAAACUUUUAUUUGUAAUCUCAAAUAUUCCGUUAUUUCUAUAUUAAUAAAAUGACUGAACAAAACAUUUUAGACAAGUCUAUGAGAAGUGUUUUUGUUGGAAAUAUUCCGUAUGAGGCAACUGAAGAAAAACUAAAAGAUAUAUUUAAUGAAGUAGGACCGGUUAUCUCAUUUAAAUUAGUGUAUGACAGAGAAACHGGUAAACCUAAGGGUUAUGGAUUUUGUGAAUAUAAAGAUCAAGAGACUGCACUUAGUGCUAUGCGUAAYCUCAAUGGCUAUGAAAUCGGAGGUCGUACUCUACGUGUUGACAAUGCCUGUACAGAAAAAUCCAGACUAGAAAUGCAAUCACUAAUGAUGGGAAUGCCUACUUCAGAAAGUCAUUAUGGAGAUGCAGUUAAUGCAGAAAAAGCACCAGAAAUAAUAAACAAUGUAGUUUCCACUUUACCUCCAGAACAAUUGUUUGAACUUAUGAAACAAAUGAAAGAAUGCAUUCAAAACAAUCCUGUAGAAGCUAGAAAUAUGUUACUCCAGAAUCCUCAACUUGGUUAUGCAUUAUUGCAAGCACAAGUGAUCAUGAAAAUUGUAGAUCCAGAAAUUGCUAAAGUAAUUAUAAAUUGCAUAUGUACUAGUUUAAAUUAUUGUUAUUGUCAAUUUAUAUUUCAUGAAACUUAUAAUAUAGAUUGGCAACAUAACAAUAUACUGUAUCAUGGGCAAAGCACAAGCCAAGAUUUAAGACAGCCACCACCAAAUCAAAUGCCGUUCCACCCACCACCGCCUCCAUUAUUGUCCAAUACUGAACCUCCUCAGUCAUUUAUGGCUUCUAGAGAUUAUCCUCGGACAUCACCUAUGGAUUCAGAUAAUCGAUCAUUUGGAGAUAUGUUUAGAGAUCCUAGAGCUAAUAAUAAUUUUAUGACAAUGCCACCACCAAUGAUUGUACAUCAACAAGUAGGACCAGACCAAAAAGUUUCUCCAAGAACUGUCCAGUYCUCUCAACCUCAAGCUCAACAAGCAUCUAAUCAAAUAGUUAAAACAUCUGAUUCAGAAAAGGCUGCUUUGAUAAUGCAAGUAUUAAAGUUAACUGAUGCACAGAUUGCAAUGUUGCCUCAUGAACAGCGUGAAAGUAUACUUCAACUGAAAGAAAAAAUUUCCAAUUCUUCUAAAAAGAAAGAUUAAUUCUCAUUUAUUUAUUUAUUUUGUUUUUGUAUAAACUGUUUUCAUUUACACUAAUACUAUUUAAAUUUAUGGUGAUAA